UACGGAAGCCGAGGAGGGCGGAGAGCGUGCUCUGUCUGUGGGAAAUUUAGCGGUAGAAACCCAGGUAACGUCGGUGAGGAAGUAUCUUGGGUCCAAUGGCGACCGUGGAGGGUGGCAGCAGCGGCGAGAAAGGACAGGGCGGCGAGACCACCGUCACCUACUAUCGGUUGGAGGAGGUGGCGAAGCACAACUCUUUGAAGGAACUAUGGCUGGUGAUCCACGGGCGAGUCUACGAUGUCACCCCCUUUCUUAACGAGCAUCCCGGUGGAGAAGAAGUUCUGCUGGAACAAGCAGGUAUAGAUGCAAGUGAAAGCUUUGAAGAUGUAGGCCAUUCCUCUGAUGCCAGAGAGAUGCUGAAGCAGUACUACAUUGGUGAUCUCCAUCCGAGUGACCUUAAACCUCAAAGUGGUAGCAAGGGUCCUUCGAAAAAUAAUUCAUGCAAAAGCUGCUGGUCGUAUUGGAUUUUCCCCAUCGUAGGCGCUGUGCUCCUAGGUUUGCUGUAUCGUUACUACAUGGCGGAAAGUAAAUCCUCCUGAGGAGGCCUUGAUGAGGCCUAGGAAACACAUCCACCUGCGAGUGAAAAUGAGAGACUUGCUUUGGGGACCGCAGCAGUUGCCCUGGAAUCCUGCCAAUGAUAUUCUUCCCCCCUUAGAGCCGAGCCGUUUGACCAGACAUCCUCCUCCGGUCUGGGACCAGUGUCCUUCCUCUCCAGAGCCUCACUCCCGGAGCGCCUGCUCACUGCUGGGUCCUGGCCAGUGCUGCUCCUUGUCACUGGUUUCCACAGGUACCCUACACUUCCUGUGUGUUACUGAUUGCAGUUCACGUGCUGUGGUGAUGUCGCUCUGGGGAAAAUACCUGCUUUCUGUACUUUUAAUGCCCGUUAGAGAUUUUUAUCAGGCUAGCACUCCUGUCUUGAAAUUUUUGUCUAUUUUUUAAAAAUCUUUUUAAAAUUCUGAUUUGAUUGUAUUAUUUACCAUACAGAAUUUCAGUUGUAAAGUAAAAGUGCGUAUCUAUUACUUACCAUGUGACUGCCGGUGACCUUGUUCCCUAUUUAUGUUGGUUAAAACCAGAUCGAGCUCUGUGGCUAGCGCAGCUGGCAGCGCCUCCGCCCCCUCAGUCCAACCCCUUUUUUCCCCAAGGGGUGCUGGACAAAACCGCGCUUUCCUUUGCUCUCUUGGGGCUGGGAACGCCAACAGCAGAAUGAAAUGGACUGGGUGGGGUAACUGAACCCUGGAAAAUUAAAGAGUCAUCUUUUUCUUUGAAAAAUAUUUUUAAAACACUACUUUUAGGGCAAGAGUUUAGAGAAGGCACCAAAACGUUUUUCUUUUGUUUAGUUCUAGCUUGUAAUCAUCUCUUGUUGUCCCUCUUUUAUUAGUAAAAAUAUAAAUGUGUAAUUAUGUCUGUAGAACUUUCCCAAGGAUUCUUACUGCUUUUCGUAUAUUGAUUAGCAAAUUUUUGAUUCCCCAUUUUACAAAAGCAAGAGACUCAGUGAAAUAACUUCCAUAUAAAAUGUCAUUUGAAAAUGAAAGAUCAUGACAAGACACUGUUUUCCACUUCAUCUGUGUUUUUACUUCCAUGGCUCCAAAUUGUGGUUUUGUUUUGCUCAAAAUAAACAAUAAAAAAAAAAUCUGGUAGGUUUUUUUUUUUUUUUUGGACUUGUAUGUUUGUCUCAGUGAAAAGUAAGGUAUUUAGAAUUAUGUUGCCAGGAUUUCUUUGGCAUCUUUGACUUUAUUUUUUCCCUCAGGGAAGCACCUGGGUAGAAUCUGAAGGCUGUUUUCUGCCAGUAGCUUUGAUUUUUUUCUCCCUGUUCUCUGAGGGCUGCCUGCCUGAUUCUGGGCUGUGGUCAUAUCCAGCAGGGCACAAUUGGGUUAAAGUACCACAGACACUGCCCGGGAUCAAGCUCGCCAGGGACCUGACAAGACAGGAAACUGUACAGUGAGCCAGAGUCUGCCCAUGCAAACUUCAGAAAAAGUUCAAACCAGGUCUUGUGAUUUACAAUUGAAUGAAUUCUGAAUUCAUCAAGGUAAUAUUAAGCUUUUUUUUUUAUAUAUAUAUACUUGGAUACGAUACUUUAGAAUACCUUCUGGCUGAUUUUUAGAUACCAAUUGUGGUUUAAUUAAACUAAUAUCUUUAGAUUUUUUUUUAAAUUAGAAGAUGCCAUUUUGAGAAAAUAAUAAUAGAAAAAAUUUUUCGGCUAUUAUAUAACAAGUGAUAUAACUUGAUGCACCUCCAGUUAAACAAGAAGGAGUUUCCUGAAAUAAGGGUUGGGAUGUAAUUGCUGGACUAUGUAGGUUGUGUGAUCAUAUGGAGUAGUAAGUCAGAGUAGAGGGAAGAACAAAGGAGGAUUGAGGAGCAAGAAAGGCUACAUCAAGCUAAGCUAACAGCCAGAAGAUGGCUUGGAUCCGUUGUUAAGUGUGUUGGCAGUCUCUGAAACUGAAUGAAAAACAUAUGGCUUGUCAAAAAUGUUAAAGAACUAUAGUCUGAAGUAAAGUUACUGUUUAUGAUAUUUCAUAUUUCAUGGGGUAAACAAUUCAAAAAGUAUUGUUUUUCUGUUUCAUAUUUUUUUUCCUCUUUAUAUUUGGACUUGUUUUUUGCUGAGAGCCAGAAGGAAAAGCUUUUCAGACUUUGUUUCUGAUGUCCAUGGAAUCCAUCCAGUACACAGGGCCCCUUUUGACUACUGCUAGUGCAGUGUCACUCUGUAUUAUAAAAAACACUUCUGGGGGGCUGGGGAUUUAGCUCAGCCUGGCUGGCAAGUGCAAGGUUGUGAGUUUGAUACCUGGUAUCAAAACAAAUACAAAGAAAACCUUUUAGGUCCAUUUACUAUAAUUCUGCAUACAUAAAUAGCAAGGUGAAGUUUCUCCAGUGAGUUUGUAGGCUGGUCUCAAUGAAGUACACAAUAGAUAGCAAGCACGCUACAAUAUAUACAUAUAGCAAACUAGCCAAAUCCAGCAGAAAAGAUUUUUGUUUAAGAAGUAGACAUGAAUUCUCCAACAGUCUUGCCAUCAGUAGGAAAAGCCAGCCCUUGGUGGACAGUGUCUCCUGGUCUCCUGGGUGUUUGGUGGUUGUUUUGUUCUAAAGAAGGCCAGCUGCUGAUGUGCACCAUAUGCCCGUGCAGUGGCUGUGAUCCCAGAAGAGGAGGUGAGAGAAAUUUUAUGUCACCGAAAUGCAGGGUGUUAGUGCCCGCUUUCCAAAAUUUCUCAGGUCCUGACUCUUACAAAUUGUUUCUCAUUUUGAGACAGCUUUACAUUUGUAAAAGUAAGAAAGUGAUGAGAACGAAAUGUACAUUGUGUUUAGAUCUCAUCUGGACACUUAGAAACAAAAAUUCAUUGGACCCAAUCAUUUGAGCUUAUGCGUUCUUUUUACUAGUUACUAUAAAUGCUUAUGUGAACCAAGACUGCUGGGCUUAUGCUCUUUGAGUGCUGAUGCGGAGUAGCAGGCCAGGUAGUCAUUACUAUGACAUCUUAUGCUUAAAACCCAAAGUGAUGCCUGUCUGGUUAAAUUUCAUUUCAGGAGGUUGAGGUAGAGAACAGUAAUUUUUUUUUUUUUUUUUAUUAACAGUAAUGGUUUUUACCCUCUACUCCAGGAGAAAUAGAUUCAGAACUGUCUUGUCUCCACAAGAAAUCAAUUUUAUUAACCAUCACAUUCUGCUACCAGAUACCACAAAAGUAAUGGGGAGUGUAGUCACAUUUGGCUGCUGUGGUCUGGAGACGCCAAGUUGGGGAUUUGUGGGGGUGACUAAGGAGGGAAGGAGGUUCCAGAGAAGCAAAGGGACAUUUGUCAAGUCCAGUAGCCUGUCUCCAGCAUCUUACUGAUGGGUUUAGUAGCUGCUCCUUGCCCAGGCCUAUCUCCUACAUUUGCUAUUUAGGCAAAACAUUAUCUUACUUAUUUAACUUUCUAUUUCACCCUCGACUGAAUGAAUGUAACAUUCCUUUAAUUAAUAUUAACAUUCUGUCUGUGUAAUCAAUGACAUUUGUUUUCCUAUUUUAUUUCAGCAUUUUUGAACAGAGAUCUUUGUCUCCUUUGCUGGUACAGUGAUUGUUUGUUAGGACUACACACAAUAAACAUACUGUUUUCCUUUUCUUGCCAUGA